AUGUCGUCGAGCAAACCGGUGCACCCUUCGGAUUUGAGAAACAUCUUGAAGGAAAAACACGCGCAGAUGGAAACGAUGAAAGAACAACUGAAAGAUCCAAACAAAAAGAAAGGCGGUGGUGGUGAUAAUGCUCCAAGUGGUGUCGGUAGUGGACUCAAAUCGCCUCCGACGUGGAAAGUUGUUUUAGUCGUCGUGAUCGUCUCCUUGUUAGCGUUAGCGUCGAACCAGUUUCGCUCGGCUGAGAAAGGCAGUCGAGGGAACAGAUCGGACGCGGAACACAUAAACCCGAACAGAGCGACGAGGAAGUGGGGUUCAGCGUUGAAUUUCGAACGAGUUGACGGGAAGAAGUGGAGCACGGAGAGGAUUUUAAAACACUUCCACUUGAAAAAUCCAUCCGAGUUGGUGUUUAGCAAACCGAGCGGGACGUUCGAUGAGUUUAUAGAAGCCAUCGAAGACCCAUCGUCGCACGUGGUGACUUUAGACGUCUCUAGAAGCGUGACGUAUGAUUCAAAAACCGGAAAGCAAUACGAAGUGCCGGUGAUUUCGAAGUCAUCGUACCUUCCGGUAUCGAAAGCGAAAGGAGGGAUGACGUUUGACGAGGCCGUCAACGCGUUUAUUCGCAUGGCGACGCAGAAAGGAUUACACAUUCGGUUCCACGAUCCGAGAAUAUUCAAAGCGGCUUUGAAAAUGUUAGACGUCGAGGUAGAUUACGGUAGAUUACCGGGACCGCUUUUGAUUGAAGCGGAGGUUUUGCCCGGUCCAGAAGCCGUGUUGCCGGAGAUGUCCUGUCAAAUGUUGUAUCCCGAGACGUAUCCGGGAGGACAGCCGCCGAAAAAUUUAAAAGCGGUACAGGUGUCAUCUCUGACAGAUGGGACCAUCGUCGUCCCGUUCGAUCCGGUAUCGUUCGUCGGGGCAGUAUUCGACCACGUCCCUGGUGCGAUAUUAAUGCUCGGCGUGGCAACCAUGCAUCCGUGCGACGACGAGGCGAUCAUACCGAGACCGGGACCGUCCCAAGGCGAACAACUCGGAUCGUUUUUAGGCGAAGAUGGAAUCGAACUCACCGCGGAGGAAAACGCGGAAAUCGAUCAAGACGAACUCAUGCGAGUGAUUAAACACACCGCAAAUGCCAUGGUUGGCGACGACGGGAGAGGACGAAUAGGAAAAUCAGCUUUAGAUGAAGUUUCGUGGAAGACGAACAAAAAGGAGAAUCGAAAACUUUUGCAGUUGGACGCGUUGAACCAACUUUCCGUGGAGGAAACCGAAUUAGUCGCCUUGAAAGACCUGUCCUACCCGAGCCGCGUGGUGCAGUUUUCGGAUUUUCCGACUGGAUACGGCGAAUACGACGUCCACGCCGCGGCAAAACAGUUACAAAUGACGAAAGGUUUGAGUUGGGACACUGGGAGCGACGCGAUGGCGUUGUUGAACAACGGCACGUUCACCGGCGACGUGUGGUUUCCGGUUUCCGCGUGUUAUUUAGGUAAAGGUGGAACACACCCGGGGUAUUUGAGUGAACUCGCGGCAACAAAAUUAGGCUACACAAUUUUCAUUCGCGGCCCAAUCAUGUGGUCCGACGCCGAGGUCAGAAACACGCUGCGGAAAGAACUCGACUCUGGGAAAACCGCCUUUGCGGGAGACUUUACCAACUUACCGUACGGGGAUUACAUCGAAAGGAUGGAAGUGUUUUACAAUCUCGAACCUCCGGCGCCACCGGCGAGGAACCCGGAGAAGAAGAAAGGCAAGAAAGGAUGA